ACACACACACACACACACGCAAACACACACACACACAGAUAUACACACACAUACACAGCACCAUGGCGGAGCAGGAGAGCUUGGAGUUCGGCAAGGCCGACUUCGUGCUGCUGGACGCCGUCACCAUGCCCGAGUUCAUGGGGAACCUCCGGCUGCGGUCUGCUUGUGCCUUCUGCUCUGCUUCUAGCUGUAAGAGGAGAGCGCAGCACUUCCCUGCUGCCGGAGAGACAGCUCAUCCCGCCCGCUGACGCACGCAGCAGCGAGGGCUCAGUGACUCCUGUGUUUAGUGGUUUGGCAGUUUCUCAGUGCAAGGUUUGAAAAAGGACGGAUCUACACCUUUAUUGGAGAAGUGGUGGUUUCCAUGAACCCUUACAAGAACCUGAACAUCUACGGGCGGGACAUGAUCGAGCAGUACAAGGGCCGGGAGCUCUACGAGAGGCCUCCCCACCUCUUCGCCAUCGCUGACGCUGCCUACAAAGCGAUGAAGAGGAGAUCGAAGGACACGUGCAUUGUGAUAUCGGGUGAAAGUGGGGCUGGGAAAACAGAGGCCAGCAAGUACAUCAUGCAGUACAUCGCAGCCAUCACCAACCCGGGGCAGAGGGCGGAGGUGGAAAGAGUGAAGAACAUCCUGCUGAAAUCCAACUGUGUGUUGGAGGCCUUCGGCAACGCCAAAACGAACCGCAACGACAAUUCCAGCCGCUUCGGGAAAUACAUGGACAUCAACUUUGACUUCAAGGGAGACCCAAUCGGGGGUCACAUCAACAAUUACUUACUAGAAAAGUCUCGUGUGAUCGUGCAGCAGCCAGGAGAGCGGAGCUUUCACUCUUUUUACCAGCUCCUCCAGGGGGGGUCUGACCAGAUGCUGCGCUCUCUACAUCUGCAGAAGGAUGCGUCUGCAUACAGCUACAUCUCCCCUGGAGCACAGCUCAAGUGUUCCAUCAACGACGGUGCUGAGUUCAAGGCUGUUGCUGAUGCCAUGAAGGUGGUAGGCUUCAAGCAGGAGGAGAUUCAGACUGUCUACAAAAUCGUGGCAGCCAUUCUUCACUUGGGGAACUUGAAGUUUUCCGUGGAUGGCGAUACGCCUCUAAUAGAGAACAGCAAGGUUGUGUCCAUCAUUGCAGACCUGCUGUCAACAAAAUCUGAGAUGGUGGAGAAGGCUCUUUUGUUCCGGACGGUCGCUACGGGCCGGGAUGUCAUCGACAAGCAGCACACCGAGCAAGAAGCCACCUAUGGCAGAGAUGCCUUUGCAAAAGCUAUUUAUGAGCGCCUCUUCUGUUGGAUUGUGACACACAUCAAUGAUGUGAUUGAAGUUAAGAACUAUGACACGACAGUGCACGGGAAAAACACGGUCAUUGGCGUCCUGGAUAUCUAUGGCUUUGAAAUAUUUGACAAUAACAGUUUUGAACAAUUUUGCAUUAAUUACUGCAAUGAGAAGCUCCAGCAGCUCUUCAUUCAGCUGGUUCUGAAGCAGGAGCAGGAGGAGUAUCAGCGAGAGGGCAUUCCCUGGAAGCACAUCGAUUACUUUAACAACCAGGUCAUCGUCGACCUGGUGGAGCAGCAGCACAAAGGGAUCAUUGCCAUCCUGGACGACGCCUGCAUGAACGUUGGGAAAGUGACGGACGAGAUGUUCCUUGAGGCUCUUAACAGCAAGCUGGGGAAGCACGCUCAUUUCUCUAGCAGAAAGCUUUGUGCGACCGACAAAACCCUGGAGUUUGAUAGAGAUUUCCGGAUCAAGCACUACGCUGGAGACGUGAUUUACUCAGUCUCUGGAUUUAUUGACAAAAACAAGGACACUUUAUUUCAAGACUUCAAGCGCCUCAUGUAUAACAGCUCUAAUCCUGUGUUGAAGAUGAUGUGGCCUGAAGGUAAACUGAGCAUCACGGAGGUCACCAAGCGACCUCUGACAGCUGCUACCCUCUUCAAGAACUCCAUGAUAGCACUGGUGGACAACCUGGCGUCAAAGGAGCCCUAUUACGUCCGUUGCAUUAAGCCCAACGACAAGAAGUCUCCGCAGCUUUUCGACGAGGAGCGCUGCCGGCACCAGGUGGAGUACCUCGGCCUGCUGGAGAACGUGAGGGUGCGGCGGGCAGGGUUUGCCUAUCGCCAGACGUACGAGAAGUUCCUCCACAGGUACAAGAUGAUCUCGGAAUUCACCUGGCCAAACCAUGACCUCCCUUCAGACAGAGAUGCUGUGCAGAAGCUCAUUGAGUGUCAUGGAUUUCAGCACGAUGUUGCCUACGGGAAGACCAAGAUUUUCAUCCGCACGCCGCGAACUCUGUUCACCUUGGAGGAGCUGCACGCCAAGAUGCUCGUGAGGAUUGUCCUCUUCCUGCAGAAGGUUUGGAGGGGCACCUUGGCUCGGCUCCGCUACAAGAGGACGAGGGCCGCUCUCACGAUCCUCAGGUACUACCGCCGCUACAAGGUGAAGUCCUACAUCCACGAGGUCGCCCAGCGCUUCCGCAAUGUGAGAUCCAUGAAGGAUUAUGGCAAGCAUGUGCAAUGGCCCACUCCACCCAAAGUGCUGCACCGAUUCGAAGAGGCGCUGCAGGCGAUUUACCAUAGGUGGAGGGCAGGGGAACUCAUCCGGAGCAUCCCAUCGAAGGACCUACCUCAGCUGCGGGCAAAGGUUGCUGCCAUGGAGGUGCUGAAGGGUCACCGAGCAGAUCUGGGGCUGCAGAGAGCAUGGGAGGGGGAUUACAUCGCACUGAGACCAGAUCACCCUCAGAGCACGGGCUCCUUCCUCCCUGUUGCCACCGAGCUGAAACGGAAAGACAAAUACAUGAACGUUCUCUUCUCAUGUCAUGUCCGCAAGGUCAACCGCUUCAGUAAGGUGGAGGACAGAGCCAUCUUCAUCACCGACCGGCACCUUUACAAGAUGGACCCUAUGAAGCAGUACAAAGUGAUGAAGACCAUCCCCCUCUAUAACUUGGUCGGGUUGAGCGUCUCCAAUGGGAAGGACCAGCUGGUGGUCUUCCACACGAAGGACAACAAGGAUCUCAUCGUCUGCCUCUUCAGCAAAGAGCCGCCCAACGACAACAGGAUUGGGGAGCUGGUGGGCGUCCUGGCCAGCCACUUCAAGAGCGAGAAGCGCGCGCUGCGCGUCAGCGUGGCCCACCCGGUGCAGUGCAGCCUGCACGGCAGGAAAUGCACCGUCUCCGUGGAGACGCGGAUCGACCAAUCGCAGCCGGAUUUCACCAAGCAUCGCUCCGGCUUCGUCCUCUGCGUGCCGGCCAACUAGCGGCCCCGCGGCCCCCGGAGCGGCGCGGAGCCGUGGGGCUGCGGCCACCCGCCCCACAGCGCGGCCUUUCCGUGGGGCCCACGUGGAGGUGCUGUGCUGAACGCCCCCGACGCUCAGCGCCGAGCAAACCCGAAUUCGGGAGCGGCUCCGUGACCGCAGCGAGGGCUGGAUGCGGCCGAUGCGGGCCAGGACGAUGGGAAGCGCUUCCGAAUUCUCCCCGAAAGCAUUUAUGGUACCGACGCCCUCCCUGCCCCCCCCGGCAGUGCCUUAAGCCCUCCCCCGUGUCAGUCCGCCGGGGAGGACCCGCAGACACCGCUCCGCUCCGGCCGUGGGGCACUGACCCACAGCGCUGAGCAGCGGGAGGGCUCCGCUUGGCCGGGAUUCCCGGAGCGGAGCGGCUGGGUGCUCUCCGAGCGGGUUUUGCCUUAGUGAGCCCCGCAUCGCCCUGACGUUCCCUUCAGAUGCUGCGUGCCCCCGUGGCACCGCCGCAGUGGGGCUGCAGAACGCGGCGUGGGGCUGCGCCGGGCGCCGUGGCUCCGGUGGCCGCACCGUGGCCCCACUGCAGCUGCUCCCGAGUCCUGGCACUGCCGGUCAGGUCGGGACUCGCAGCGCGACGGCAGGGACUAGAAAUCCCAGCUGACCCCAAAUCCACGGCCGUGGGGCGGCACUGGGGCCCGACGCCGCCCACCCCGAGGGGAGCGGGACGCGCAGCCCCCGCCGACCCCGUGCCGUGGGGUGGGCGCCGUGCGGGCCCUCGGCCGGGCCCAGAGCCCCCUCCCAUCAACCACGCAGCGCCGGGACCGUAGGGCCGCCCCCAUCCCCCACAUCCCUGGGUGCCCUCAGCCCCCCGACCCCCAGCUCUCCGCGGUGGGGCCUCAGCCCCCGUUUGCACUCCUGGCCCCGCAGCACCGUGUGCCCCACGCCUCCCAUCGGUGCGGGGCCGCGCGGGCGGCGAGAAAUCGCGCGGAGGAGAUUCCUGCUGCUGCGAGAUGGCAACGUUGUACGUCACGAGAUGUCGUUACGAAAUGUAUUCUCCGUUCCAGCUCUGGUUUUAUAUAUAUAUAUAUAUAUAUAUAUAUAAAAUAUAAAGAUAUA